AGAAAGCAAGACACCAUAGUCCUGGGAAAGUCCUGCCGCGCCACGAGACAAUUAUAAAAAUGUGGCCCCCUGAGUCAGUCUCCCAACCUCACCUGCUGCGCCCACCGCCCGCGUCCAGCGCGCACUCAGCGUCCGCAGCGCCUGCCCAGCAUGCGUCCAGCGCGCAGCCUCCUCCUUGUGGCCACCCUUGUCUUCCUGGGCCACAUCAGUUUGGCAAGGCACCUCCCCAAGGCCACACCAGUUGCAGGAAGCUUCCAGUGCCUCAACCAUUCCCAAAACCUGCUAAGAGCCGUCAGUGAUGCUCUUCAAAAGGCCAGACAAACCCUAGAAUUUUACUCUUGUACUGCUGAAGAGAUCGAUCAUGAAGAUAUCACGAAAGACAAAACCAGCACAGUGAUGGCCUGUUUACCACUGGAACUAGCCAAGAAUGAGAGUUGCCUGGCUUCCAGGGAGACUGUUUUCAUCACUAAUGAGAAUUGCCUGGCCUCUGGAAAGACCUCUUUUAUGAUGACCUUGUGUCUUAGUAGUAUCUAUGAGGACUUGAAGAUGUACCAAAUGGAGUUCAAGGCCAUGAAUGCAAAGCUGCUGAUGGAUCCUAAGAGGCAGAUCUUUCUAGAUGAAAACAUGCUGGCAACUAUUGAUGAGCUGAUGCAGGCCCUGAAUUCCAACAGUGAGAUGGUGCCACAAAAACCUUCCUUUGAAGAGCCAGAUUUUUAUAAAACCAAAAUCAAGCUCUGCAUACUUCUUCAUGCUUUCAGAAUUCGUGCAGUGACCAUCGACAGAGUGAUGAAUUAUCUGAAUUUUUCUUAAAAAGCUGGAGUCCGUCCCAAUCUUCCAACCAAAGAAGUUUUAAUAAGAUAUGGGUUAAGAACUGGGGAGGGGGAAGCUUGGCCUGGUCGUACAUAGGCUCCUGUGUGAACCCUCAUACUUCUGGUACCUUGGUGUGGCUACCUUGGAAGGCAUCCCACUUGCCUCUGUGUGAUCCCUUUAAUCAGGUCUUUCACAUUUUCUAUGGAUAAUUUGUUUUUAGGUUUUCAUGAGCAGAUUCCUAAGGGGAGAAAAUGUUUCUCUUUCCUUUUAAUAGAAGAGCAAUAAUUG